UUUGUCGUGAUCGAGACGCCGGUUCGAAACUAAGUUGUCCGGUCUUAUCGUUAAACAAAAAUAAUUAUUCAAACAAAGUAGUUGAUGUUACUGACUUAGUGAUAUUGGUAAAUACCUAUUCAGUGUAUAGACUGCUUUUGUGAGUGCUGAGACUGUUUGGUGUUACGAAAACUUUAUUUCUACUGUUAAAGUUGUGAUGUUCCACUGAGGCAUGGGUCAAACGGAUCAGGCGCGGUCCCGAGCGAGCCCUCGGCGACGCUCGCCGGACCUGCCACCUCUGCCGCCCCCCAUACAGCCCUGUAGCGGCUUCCUCGGCAACGGAAAAUCGGUAAUCCGUCCGAUAGCGUUCAAGCCGCUCGGUGGACGUCUGUCUGCGGGCGGAGAGCGGUAUGGAUCCACGCCAGUUCUGGCAAGCAGACCGCCCUCACACAUGACUCUGUAUGGUAGUUCUUCAGAUGUACGGGAAGCGCGUUGGUGUGGGUCGCCGCAGCCAGCGUCCCUGUCCGCUCUGCCGCCCGCUACGCUCUCCGCUCCGCUUCACCAACGUCACCAUUCCGCUAUCGUGACGAAGUCAAAUUCUGUGCUGAGCGGCGCAGACAGCAAGGAGCCGGCGCCCGCGCCGUCCCCGGCAGACUCCGGAGUAGCUGAGCUAGAGAGAGAUCAACAUGAUUAUAGUACAACCGACCGUCUUCGAAACCACGAAGUCCGCGUGCGUGCCCCACGUGGCCUCAUGCUGCAGAGCUACAGUGCACGCUCCAGGGACGAGAGAGACGCGGAGCUGGCCAGGGUGAGGAGAGACCGCGCCCUGUUGCGGCAGAGGCUCGAGGAUACUGAGUGGAGUCUGUGCCAGAGAGCGGGCGAGAUAGCACUGUUGAAAAAUCAGCUGAAGGAUGCCCAGAAUGAACAAACCGCUAAAGGCCACGAGUAUCUCACAUUGAAAGCAGAUUGCCGCCAACUUAGGGAAGCUCUCGACAAGAAAGAGAAAGACAUAAUGAGACUGCGGGGUGAAUCCGAGGAGAAAGAAAAGAUCGUUAACCGACUUCAGAAAGAAGUUGACAGACUUGCAAACGACUUGAUGGAAAGCGUUGCGGACUUGGGCAAAACAAAGGAAAACAGUAAAAACGAAAUAGAAAGACUAAAAACAGAGCUAAAGGAACUAAGGCAGGAACUAUCUGAUGUCUCUCUAAGCGGGUAUGAAGGUAUCGAAUGUGGCCGGACCAUGAGAGGAAUAUACGAUGUCUGUAAAACCAAUGAAUAUCAUUGGACUUCGAGCGAUAGUGCCUUAGAAGACGCAGAAGUGCAAAGACUGAAUGGAGAACUGCCAGAUCCCUGCGGGGAUCCUUGUCCUGCGAGCGCUGUAGUGGAAACGCUCAAAUGCGAAAUGGAACGUAAAGAAACCCAGUUCAAUAAUGAAAGGCGAAAAUGGUCUGAGGAAAAGGAUAAAGUACUAAGAUACCAGAAGCAGUUACAGCUCAAUUACGUCCAGAUGUUUAAAAGGACACGCACCCUGGAAGCUGAAUUGGACGGUCUUAGAUUAGAACUGGAGUUGUGCAAUAAGAACGCAAAGAAUAUGAACAACCAUGGGAAAACAAUAGAACUAUAAUUACAUUACCAAAUUCUAUAGCGUUUAAUACCUAUUUAUAAUAGAGAAGGCUAUUUUUAUCUUGUAAAUAUUUAAUUUUAAAUUUUAUAUGAUAAUGUUUUCUUGCCGAUGUAUUGUCAGUCUCCUUGACUUCAUGAUUCGUUGAGGUAUAAUACUCAGCUGACAAUGUCCGAAAUUAUUAAAUUAUUGUACAUUUUAGUUGUUAAAGAUAUGUUUGUUACGAGAGCGAACGCAAGUGCUACAUUUAGUACAUUUGCGUUUAUAUAAGAAGUACCUAAGUAAAUAAAAG